GCGGAGCAAAAGAAGAAACAUGGCGACAUCGAACAAUCCUCGGAAAUUUAGCGAGAAAAUCGCUUUACAUAAUCAGAAGCAGGCAGAGGAGACAGCAGCAUUCGAGGAAGUGAUGAAGGAUUUGAGUAUUACCCGAGCAGCUAGGCUUCAGUUACAGAAGACCCAGUAUUUACAGCUAGGACAAAACCGCGGUCAGUACUAUGGCGGAUCAUUGCCAAACGUGAAUCAGAUUGGAAAUGGCACUGUUGACAUGCCUUUCCAGACUCCGUUUCAGGGUUCAGGAGACACUAGCCGGACAACACGGCAUCAUGGAUUGGUGGAUAGGGUCUACCGGGACAGGAACCGCAUUACAUCCCCACACGGAAGGUCUCUCGACAAACAUGGACGCCAGAUUGAUAGCUGUCCAUAUGGCUCGGUGUAUCUGUCUCCACCACCUGAUACCAGCUGGAGGAGGACCAACUCAGACUCCGCGUUGCAUCAGAGCACAUUAAACCCACAGGACAUUUUCGCCAGCGGCUCCCAGGAGCUACAGCCUAAACGAGUGCUUUUGCUUCAUGUACCUGGGCCAGAAGACACUGAAACAGAUAUGGACAAAGAUGAGCAAAAACAGAACUGGGAUGUCAAAAAGAAUGUUACGUCAAGGUCAAAAGUCCCAGGAAUCAACAUAUUCCCGUCUCCGGAUCAGGAGUUGAACUCGUCGCUGAUGCCGUCGGCCCAAAACGCAGGCGGCGGCUCGCUGCCCGAUCUGACCAACAUCCAGUUUCCCCCACCCCUGCCCACCCCUCUGGACCCUGAAGACUCCACCCUCAGCGCCUCCAACAGCACGGGAAACCAGGCCAGCAGCGGCUCACACGGCUUCAGCUCUACCGGCCAAGGCCAGACCCCUUCCCAGCAGGACAGCAUGGUGAACCAGGACUCCCGUCCAUCCGUCCAGCUCUCCCCUACCCUGUCGCCACCCCUCACCCUCGCCCAGGUAGCUGAGACCAUAGAUGCCAUGACGCUGGAGCAACACUUGGCCCAGUACGCGUUCUUCAGCCAGCCCUCCUCUCAGCAGCAGCAGAACACUCCGGGACUGAACAGGCUGGUCCAGCUCCCCUCCCCUCUGAACACCUCCGCCGGCCAGACACAGAACUCCAUGGACAUGAACUCGGGCUCUUUCUCCCAGCAGUACCGCAGUAGGGCUGGGUCUUCAGCCAAUCAGUCUCCAACCUCUCCUGUCUCCAAUCAAGGCUUCUCACCUGGAGGCUCGCCUCAACACAACUCCAUCCUGGGCAGUGUAUUUGCGGACUUCUAUGACCAGCAACUCACAUCCAGACAGACCAGUGCUCUGUCCCAACAGCUGGAGCAGUUCAACAUGAUCGACAACAACAGUUUAUAUGGCCAGGGCUCCACCCUCAGCUACUCCCAAGCAGCCAUGAUGGGUUUGACAGGUAGCCAUGGCAACCUGCAAGACUCUCAGCAGCUAGGCUACAGUAGCCAUGGCAACAUCCCCAACAUCAUUCUCACAGCCACGGGAGAGUCGCCACCCAGACUAUCCAAGGGCUUAUCCUGCAGCUCCCUGUCGACCGACUUAAGCUUUGACGCGGACUCUCAGUUCCCCCUCGACGAGCUGAAGAUCGACCCGCUGACCCUGGACGGGCUGCAUAUGCUCAAUGACCCUGACAUGGUCCUCACCGACACCGCCACGGAGGACGCCUUUCGGUUGGACCGCCUGUAGGGGCUGCUGCCUUGGUGGUGGUGCGCGUCGAGGGGAGAGGGCUGUUUCUGGAGCAUGUGGGCCCGUGGCGGGGCUCCGGCCAUGCAGCACGUUCAUCCGACUCUCCCGCCUCCCUUCACCAGCCGCCUCUGUCUAACAACUGUGGGGAGAUGACCUAGUGGAGAAAGAAGUUGGGCCAGAAAUGGCCGACACGGUUCGCUUUCUCUCUUCAGCCAUGGGAUCCAGUGGUGGCCACAUUGUCAUAUCUGGGAGUCGAUUGAGCUGAUGGUCCUGCCUCUUAACUGUCUACUGAUCAUGAAUCCUGUAACCUUUUUUCACAUUGUUUUCCCGUGUCUGUUGGACGCAUGAAGAAGAAAGUGUGUAGGUGCUACCACGCUACAUUGGUCUGGCCUCCCCUUUGAAGACAUUACCUGGUUGAAAUCGUGUAUGCGGUGCAAACUGUUUAUCUUUUUCUCACCUGCCAUAUUAGCUUAGCAUGUUUUGCCUCACGAAAUCACCUGUCGUUUUUUUCCACAACCACCCUCUUGCCAAUUGCGUUUGCAUUGAUGCCCUUAUUCAUGCUGUCGUUAAAGUAGAAUAACGGCAAAUUUUGAAAAUGUGUCUUGGUUCAUAAAUCCCGUAAGUCUGUCAAAGAGCGCAUCUCUCUCACUCAGGGAAAGCAAGGUAAUGCUACAGCAGGCUUACAUCACCUUGCAAUGUAGCUCCUCAUUACUGAAGCAGAAUAGAUUGAACUUUGUGGAAUAAUCAGAAUGAACAAACACAAAUCAGUUCUGUCGAUAUAAAAUGAUGGAGCCCAAUUUGAGUAUGGGCAGGUACUUCUUCUGGGUUUCAUAGAAGACGGAAGCAUGAAUUACAACACUAAACAUGUAUAAAUCAUCAUCAUGUUUCAAAUACAACAAUACAAGUUAAAAUAAUGUGUGGGGAACUGAUUGUGUGGGUUUAUUCAUCUGUUCACAGUUCAGUUGUUUUUUCUGUCUUCUUAAGGUAUUUUUGCAGUUUGAGUAAUUGAGGACAGCAGGGAUUUCUGUGUGAUAAUGGCUCUGUACAGUCCUGUGCAUUUCUGUUGUUUUAGAUUUAGGACUGUGAAGAGACCACUGGUGGCAGUUCUUGUGGGAUAUAUAUUGCUGUCUGGGGUGACAGGGUUGCCUAUUGGUUAGAGUAUCUGACUUGUGACCAGAGGGUUGCUAGAUGAAAACCUUGAGUUAGGAUGGUGAAAAAUUCUGUUCUGUCCCUGAGCAAGACAGUCAACCUAAAAUUCUCAGGUUGUUGCUAAAAUCUCUGUUACAGUCAAAGCUUGCAUAAAAACCCAAAGUGAAGCAGUUGAUCGCUCAUUAACAUUUAACCAAGAAAGAGAAAUAUGCAUGUCAAUAAUGCUAGCUCUACAUGUACAUUUUGUUUUGAGCCAAUUGUAGCGUUGCUAGUGCACAGUUUUUUAUUUUUUUGCUAGACAAUAGUCAAGAUGGGACAAUAGGUUAGAUGGGACAAGACUCAAGCUUGAAUUGCUAAUGAGAUUUACCUUUUUGACAAACUUCUUCCAGACUUCAUAAAAUGUUUGCAUGAUUUUACUCCUAGCAACUGCCUGUCUUGGCAGAAAUGCUUUUCAAAAACAUGAAAAGUUUGAACCAGCGACACAAAUGCAUGUAGCUACAGCAUAUGCCAUGUGAUAAUUGAUUGGGUUUUAAUCUUUUGUAAUUUCAACGUGACAGAGCCAUCCUUUCCUUAUUUUUGUUAUUCCGUAAAGUUCUAGCAUUUUAGUAAGGGGGAGUUGUAUGGACUCCCAAUGUAAGCCCUGUUCUAGCUUUACCUCACUCUUCCUGACCUGAGAAGCACACACAGUCCUAAUAGGAGUUUGAAGGAUUUAUGAACUUAGACACAUUUUUGAUAUUUGCUGUUAUUGUUCCUUAACUCAGGCUAUAAUUGUUUUUAAUGGUGCUCAUUUUUUUUUGGCUUUAAAGUUGACCAACAUUUUAUUUUUGGUUUCCAUCUAAACUUAGAAGAGCUAACUCCCUUCUUCAAUUUGUGAUUUGCCAGUACAACCCAAGUGAGCCUAAAUUCCAGCCAAACAAACGUUGAAAAAUGAAUGUUUUUAAAGGGGCUCACUGGUAAGUCGUGCAUCAAGCUGUACUAUGCCGCCGGUAGUAGCUGUUUUGUGAUACAAACAAGAAAUUGAAUCUGAAUUAAUCACUUAGAUGAACAGGUCCUGCCUUACAGGAUUACAUGAUGUGGAAAACUAUUCUUUUUCAUCUCUCCAUUCAAAAAUGUAGGCAGUCACGCAACUUCUGAAACUCCUCAGUAGUUAAGUGCAAACUUUUAUCAAACAUCGCACAUUAUUUGCUGAUGCCUAGACCUGACUCAGAUUGGCACUAGUGGGAAAAUAUGACCGAGUUGUAUGCUAGGGGAGUUUGGUCACUCUGUAUAUUGUUUUCCACUGAGUUUCCCUGGUUAACAUGUUUUAUUUUAUUUAUUUAUAUUCACAUAAUUUGUGAGGGGGUACUGAAUGUCCCUGGUCAUCCAAAUUGAAAGCGCUAGUUGGUAUCACAUUUCUGAUGCCCUUGUAGUUGUUGUGAAAAUUUUUUUGCUUCAUGGUAAUAUAUGUUUGGUUUCAAUUAGUUGUAUGUUCUGAAUCAGAUUUUGCUUAUGAUAUCUAUGCAAAACAAAUUUGAUUGACUGAGAGUUAUUAGUGAUCCAGUAGACAUAACUAAGAACCUAAACUGAAUUACCUUGUUGGAUUGUACAGCCUUUUGAUAGCUUUUUUUUAGCAAUGAAAAGAAACAUUUUGUCAUGUUUUAUUUGCUACAUUUUCAUUUACAUUUAAGUUUGGUUUACACUUUACAGGAGAGAAUGCUAAUUAUAUAUUCUGCACGUUGUUUUUGUCAGAAACUGUAAAAAGCAUGACAAAAGAAAAACUUGAGGGUAAUGCUGCAUAUAUUAGAAAAUUGACCCUUAUAUGUGACUCCCAUGGAUGUGUCUGAGGUUGAUUUUACUGCUAAAAUGUGAUUAUUUUCUGAUGAGAUUCUACUGCCUCUCUAUUAGAACAGCACUGCUGCAACCAGAAUGUAUUUCAUCACAACUUCAUAGAGUAUUAUAACCAUCUUCAUAUAAACUACAGUAACUUUGUAAUUUUAGUAUUGGACCAAAUAGUUUUGGAUGACACUCUUACACCAUUCUGUAAGUGUCUCACUUCAAAAUCAAAAGGUAUGUGGCAUGUGAUUUUCAGUUUGGUUCGGUACUGUUAAUGUCAUAUUGUAUAUUUGUGUAGUAUAUAUAUAUAUAUAUAUAUAUGUGUGUAUAUAUAUAUAUAUAUAUAUGUAUAUAUAUGUGUAUGUCAAAUGAUCAUUUCCCCUCAUUGCCAUUGGAUAAGUCCUUUACUUGUUUGCCCAUCAGCUUUUUUUUUUGUUAGUAUCAGAAUUAAAAUAUUGUUGUCGCUGUUGCCUUUACAGUUUACCAGUUAAUAGUAAAUGUCAAGUGAGCUAGCUUUUUUGUAAGAAAUUUAGUCAUUCAGUAAGUAAUGAACCUGCAUUUUACUUUGCACUUUACUUACAUUUAGAUCACUAAACCCUGGGACUUUUUCACCUCCUCACACCACCCCCGACCUUGAGCGACUGUUAUGUGGACUGGACCUGUUUCCCCUGUAUUUGGUCAAACUUGCCUUCUUGUUAAAAAAAAAAUAAUGUAUUUUUAAAAAGCAUAUGUGUAUAGUCUAUAUAUAAGAGGUGAUUUUUACUUAAUCAGCAAUUAUUUUUUUGGGGCAUCUGAUAUUGUAACAGAAUUACUUUCAUUUUUAAAAUGCUCAAAUUUUGGAAGCUGAUAUAUAAAAUUUGUAUUUUUGGAUAGAUUUUAGAGAGAGUUCUUGCUGCCGACAGAUUCAGCUCAUGUUGUGCUUCAAGCUAUGUAGCUACAAGUACAGUAGGUGCAAGGAAAAGAAAGCAGGAAAUUAGGAAGCAAUUGGAUGUAAAGCAAUGGGUGUGUCAGAGCGCUGUGGUAAAUCAGACCAUAUAUGUGGCAAAUUCUACAAUGUGUACUUAACCUAGACAGGAGCAAAAACAGUCUUGUUGGGCUUUCUGUACUGACCGCCCCCACUAUUAUAUUUUUACAUGCACUGUUUAACUUUUUGAUUUGCUAGUGACAAAACUGUGUGCUUGAAUUCACCUUGACAAAAUACCACUAGUUAUAUGGUUAAAUCAGUUAUGUAAUAGCAUCUGGAGAUAAAUAUGAGGGAAUCCUUUCAACAGGAGUUUUUUUUUUUUUCUCUAUGUUUUACUUUCUUUGAACGUAUGUUUGACUGCCAGCUGUUGUUUUCCUUUUCAUUUAUGUUACAGACUUUUUAUUAGUCUUUGCUAUGCUUGCGAACAAGACCUCUACUGUGCGGAGAAGGCAUAUGGGACAGUUGACAGUGUGCAUAAAUGAUGAGCUGUCUUAGUGUUAUCUUGGAGUUUGUGUUAUUUAAAAGGUUUAUGUAAAUGUUUGUCUCAUGUAUGUCAUAGAAUCCUCUUGUCCAAGCUAUUUUGCUAUGUUGAUAGUAAAUGAGCAUUAAUGUCACCAGAGACACAAGAGACAACCUCCUGUUUUUUAAAGUAAUACUUUCCUUUAAUGAGUUUUUGGUUCAGUGUGAGCUGGUCAGGCACACCCAACUUUAUUGGUUACAGAUCUGACAAUCAGAAGAGUUUUUUAGGUUCUGAUUCACAAUGUAUUCUCAUAUUUAGCAGCUGCUUGGUUUUAUGUGACUGUUACAAGAGUUUGCUUAUGUGUGUGCAAAUGUUCUGUAUUUCUUUUGAUUAUACUAUGCAUGAGUUUGAGAAAAUACAUUUUCCCCCUAUUUUAGCUUAUUUUUUGUAUCUAUCAAGCACAAUGUCAUGCAACAUUUUUGUGAUUUUUUUUAUGUGAUUUAGUUUUUUCUUUUUCUUAUUUGGUAAAUAGUCUUUGAUUUUGAUUCAGAAAGUGGAAAAGGCCUCACACAUAAACUGAAAUGCUAUGGCAAUCCAAAAGCUAUGACUUAUUAAUUCAUUUUAUUUUUAUCAGCCUGUUAAGCACUUGUAGACGCGGUUCUUUGUAUAGACUAGCUGUUUAUAUUGCUUUUUGGUAUAAAUGUUUUUGUGUUUUAUGUGAUAUGAUGUCAAAAGUUAUAAUCGUUGUUACAUACACUGAGAAUUAAUGUACUGGAGUGAGUCAUUGUGGCUCAGUUCUUCUGUUGUCUUUCUAACUUAGAAGUAUCAGUUAACCUAACCUAAAGUUUUUCAGUGAUCCGAUCCCUGUAAUGCUUAACUGUAGAUGUUUUUACAAUCCGUUGUUGUCUUUUGUUUAAAACAUUUUCUGUGUUUCUGUAGUAAAUCCGACUGAUUUGAUAGAUCUGUUGUUACUGCCACUAUUGUUUCCACCAAUAUUCAGGUGUCCUGACGGUUUAUACUCAAACGUUUACAAAAGCAACCGUUUACAGAGAAUAGUGCAAGUUCUGUUGUUGUUUUUAACACUGAUAUUGACAUUUUCAGUGUGCAUUAAUUUUACUUUCAUGGAUAGAAAUUGAUAAACCACAUGAACUACAUGUAGAUAUCAGUUUCAGUGAUGGACUGUUGUUCUGUUUACUAAAUGUAUCCUUUAGAGUUUAUACUAUAUCAAUUGUAAAAUUCAACUGUGUGAAUAGAAGUGGCUAGAAAACAAAGUUUCUUCUCUAAAUAAGGUGGGCUAUUUUUUAACUAUAAAAUAGACCCUGGCCAUCCACAAAGGAUGUUGUAAAUUCUUCAAUGUCCCUGUGCUGUCAGACAGGUGAUCAGGGCAAAAUAUGUGUUAAAUAGCCAAACAUGAACAUUUUAACAUAUGCUAACUAGCCUGGCUGCCUGGCCUUAUCAGCAGUUGGCAGAAUCUCUUGAGUCAUGACUUAUGCUGGACGCUACAGUCCUGAAAAACACAGGGAACCAGGCUAUAUCGCUGCAAAAGAUAGGGAACUUUUAUUAUGAGUAUUUACCAGUUUUCUUUUUUUUGUUGCAAGAUAUAUAGACUUGUUGUGCUGUACUGUAUACUUCAUACAAUAUAUAAAUCUAGAUAUGUAUUUGUAUUUUCCCAUUCAUAGAGAGCAAGUGUGUGUUAGCGAUGGCUAUGUGCUAAGUUGCUUUCUCUCAAAAGCUACACUAUAGUAUAAGCCGUGAUAUGAGUGAGUUUGGCUGUGUUACACUCAUUAUAUGUAUUAUCAGAACGUUUAUCUUUUUUUUGUUACAUUCAAAGUUGUGGCAACGGGUGAACCAUUAAGGUAAGGAAGCCAAAGUUAAUAAAUUGUCCCUUUAAUUCUUAUUUAAAGUUCCAAGUAAUGCAUCUAUUGAGAGCGCUUAUUAUUGAUAACUGUCCAUUAUUAAAAUGUAUUUAGUUUUUUGACUGAGAUUUACAUCAACCUCAAAUCGUACAGUUCUUCAUCAAUUGUUUACAUUUAAAAUAGGUUAAUAUUUAUGAGAAAAGUGUAAUCUGCUUUAUCCUUACAAUUUGUAUUUCUUGCUGCAUAAAGACUGACAUGUGACUGACAUAUUCUGCUUGAUAUCUUGAGGUAACUCUUUUUGCAUGGUAUCGGCUUUCAAAAUUUCCCCUAAUGACUCAAAAAGACUUGAUGUGAUAUGUUUUGCUUUUAGCAAUUAUUUUGCUCCGACAAGAUCAGCAUAACCAUCUGCAAACACUCUGCAACUAAAACCUGCUCAACCAAAGCAUUUCAAAUAGGAUAAAAUGCAGAUCUCAAUUUACGAGACUAUAAAUGUUUAAUUUGUUAUAGCGGCACUAAAAGAGAAAAUAAAUCACACAUAUAAGGAAGAAACAGUUACUGUUUGGUCAUUCAACAGAGUUAGCAAAUAAAACUAUACAAAUCCUCUGAUAUGUGCAUUUAAUGUGGAAUGACCCACUAUUGGUCCAUUCCCCAUACAACGGCAGCUAAAUUGUAAAAUAUGUUGUUUUUUUCUGAGUAGGACUACUCAAACGUUGUACAUGCAUUUGACUGCAAUGUCCGAACACUACACAUACUGUUCUCACGGCAACAGGAUACAGAUAUGCUCAUGAAAUAUGCAAAUCCUAGCAUUCAGCAGCACAGCUUGGCUAUUCUGUACUUUUAUUGAGCUGACCCUUUAAAAAUGAAUGGAUCAAAUAUUGUUCUUUUUUUUUUUUUAUAUAAAAGGGAUAAAACAGACCAAAAAGUCCUAGUGGGCUGUAUGUGUGCUACAUAACUGAUGUUAAGCUUCUACUAAAAUCAUGCCUAUGUAUUUUUCUUGUGUGAAAGCUUCUGUCUUUGUAUCUUUGCAUUACUAUUUGUAAAUGAAAUGAGGAUAAAUAAAAAUCUAAAUAUGCAUUUAA